UCAGAAGACAGUUAGUAUAAAGUGGAAAUACAUUAUAUGAAAGUAAUGAAUUACAGUGGAUAUUCUUCUUUACAUGAUUUAAAAACUUGUUCAGGUUUGAUUAAGGUUCAGAGGUUCUGAAUUCAUAAUGCAUAUGGUAUAGAAACUCGUCCAUAGGGUUAGGGUUAAGGUUAGGCGGGUUAGGUGAGGGUUAGGGUUUACAGUUAAGGUUGGGGUUAGGAUGCUAACAUACGAUCGGUUUACAACGGAUUUUAGAGAAGAGGUGUUUAUUGAGAUACUACAACCGUAACCCUAACCCUAGGCUACAACCCAACUCUAAACCCUAACCCUAUGGACGAGUUUAUGUACCGUAUGCAUUAUGAAUUCAGAACUUCUGAACCUUAAUCAAACCUGAACAAGUUUUUAAAUCAUGUAAAAGAAGAAUAUCCACUGGAAUAGAAGAAGACAGACGUUUCAUACUACUACUACUAAAAUAGUAUCCAUUAUCUACACAUAGAUAUCUUUGAUCCGACCCAAUUGACUCAAUGUUGAGUGGAUUCAACUUACUCAUCACAAUACAUGGAUUCAUUUAACGAGGAAAUGUCUUCUGCAAACUCAUUAACAAAUAACAAAGGUUGUUUAGAAGAAAAUUCACUUCAUCAUUAUGAUUUUUGGACAUUGAAUAAUAGUUUACAUUCACCAUGGCCAUCAAUUGAAGUGGACCAACUAGCGAAUUGGUUAAUUGAGAUGAAAUCAAUGAUUUUAGAAAAAUCACCUAUUUUCCAAAAGUCAGUAUGUACAUUAUCAUAUUCCUUUUCGUCCAACUCUUCAUCAUCAUCAUGUUGUUCUUCUUGUUCUUGUUCUUGUUCCUCUUCUUCUUCAUCAUCAUCUUCAAAAGUUUUUGGACCUAAUGAAGAACAGUUGAGUGGUAAAGGUAAUAAGAGAUCAAAAUGUUGUUUACAUGACCUUAGAUAUAAACAUAAACUUCAAAAUCAACAAAAAAUGAUCACUUUAUCAAAGUUGAAAAUGAAUCCUAAACAUUUCGUUAUUAUCGAUUGUCGUUAUCCACACGAAUAUAAUGCUGGACAUAUUUUUAGUGCUAUUAAUUUAUCAGAUUGGCCAAAACUUUAUAAAUAUUUUUUUGGUAUAAAACAACAAUCUAUUGAAACUACUGAAAUGGAUUUAAGUAACUCAUUAUAUUCAACGGAACAACUGAUUGAACCAAAACCAUCUCAUACUAUAUUUAUAUUAUAUUGUGAAUUUUCUACAAAACGUGCACCACAAUUAUUUUAUCUUUUACGUAAUCAUGACAGACUAUUACAUUUCAAUUCAUAUCCUGCAUUAAAAUAUCCAUUUGUUUAUAUAUUACAUGGUGGUUAUUCAACUUUUUAUAAAAACUACCCAUAUUUAUGUGAACCAGAUCUUUUAAGUAUUUGGCAUAAACAUUGUAAACUGGUUAAUAGACAAACGAUGAAUCCUAAUUCACAAGUAUAUCCUGAUAAAAAUCAUAAUGAAAUGUUAAACACACACACGCACAUCAAUCAAUCAACGAAUCGACACAUUAAACUACCAUUCAAAAGUAUUACCAAUCUCUUUCACAAGAAGAAAAAAUAGAAGAAAAAGAUUUAUUUCAUUGAACCAAAACUUAUUAACUUACUUAUGUCCGUUACUCCUUAUGGAAGAGUAUAAGUCACCCAGCAACAUUCUCAAUCCAACCUUGUCUUGAUGAAUCCUUUCCAGUUCUUUUCAAUUGUUAUUCUUUUUUUUCAUGUCUGUUUCCAAGUUCCGACAUAGUGUAUUCUUCGACCGUCUUCUUCUUCUUGUUGUAUGUUUCCCUUCACGAUUCCAUGUUAUCGCUUGUCUCAUGAUGUAGUUCGAAUCCAGUUCAAUACUAUUUACUUGUUACUUAUUUAUUUCAUAAUUAUUUCCAUCUCAUUUCUUCUAUUCAUAAUGAUUAAUAUAAGUAAUAUCGAUUCAAUUCAUUUUGAUUGAAAAGGUUUCUCUCAAACGGAAUUCAUUAACAUUGCAACCUAUUCAACAUUGAAUAUGUUUCAUUUAAUUCAAUCAUUAUUAAUGUCUUUGUUUAAAUAUAUUUUUCUUUUAUUUUCA